AUGGCAGACAUUUUAACACUCGCUUUUAGGACUUUCGGGUCGCGGACCUGUCAGGGGAAGGACUCCCCCGCCGGUCCUCCACCGCCGGCGCCCCGCAGCGUGUUGACGGUCGGAGACCGGCGGGUCAGCCGCUCGUUGCUGCUGCUGUCGGCCCUGACCGCCGCCUCAGAGAUGGGGAUCAGAGUGGCCUUCUUCGCCCAAACACAAAUCAAGAGCCUUCCGGUGUCACUGCAGAGAUGUGUUCCCAGUCUGAGCCCAGAAAGCCUAAAGAAAAUCACAUUCACCUAUCCUCGGACAUUUGAAGAGCUGCUUCAGCAUGUCGCCGGCCUGCACGAGUCGCCCACGCCCCCCUCCCUCAUCAUCGUCGACAGACUGGAGGACUUCCUGCGUGGCCCUGCGGCUGGCGCCCACAGUGGCGCCUAUGGCGGCUUCCAGUGGGGGCAGCAGCCGUCCGGCGCCGCGCGCCUGGCCGCACUGCUCUGCGACACCUCAGCUUUUCUCAGUUGUGGGGGCUCCGGCUCAGCCCCCUGCCGCCUCAUCGCCUCCUUCCUGUCGGACGCCGACGGCGGCGGCGGGCAAGACGGCGGGGAUUCCUCGGCCACGGAUCCCACCCUGGACGUCCUCGACCGCUACUUUCAGGCCCGCUGCACGCUGGACCAGGACAGAGGCUACGCAGCUACAGGGGCCGGCGCGGAGGAGGCCUGGAACAUUUACCUUUCUGAGAGAGGAGCCACUGAGUUCUUCUCGGAAAAAGAAGUAAAGACACAUGGAACACAAGAGUGGCAGCUCUUUAUUUUUCCUGAUAGCUCGAUGGAGUUCAAGUUGGCUUCAACUUAA